AUGGGGGCACCUGCGGCUCGGGGCAUCUACUCCCCCGCCCAGGAGCAGAGUGGUCGCUUCGGUGGCAGAGGGAGGACAGAGCCGAGGCCCGCGCUGCCCGCGGGGACGCCGGUGGUCUCCCGUGGCCUGGGAUGGAGGGAAAUGCAGCGGCAGUCCGCGCUCCGGGACCCCACGAAGCACCGCAGAGCCACUCAGUACACACGCAUGUUGCUUACAUAUUUGUUAGAGCCUAAGGCUGGCAAAGAGGAGGUGGUCAUGAAGCUCAAGAAAUUGGAGUCCAGAGUGAGCACUGGCCGUAAAUGGUUCAGGCUCGGCAACGUGGUACACGCUGUCCAGGCAACUGAGCAGAGCAUCCGGGCCACCAACCCAGUGCCUCGCCUGUGCCUGACGUUAGCCAACCUGAACCGCGUGAUUUACUUCGUCUGUGACACUGUCCUCUGGGUAAAGAGCGUAGGUCUCGCCUCCGGCAUCAACAAAGACACGUGGCGACGACGGGCCGCCCGCCACUACUGCUGUUUCCUCCUGCUGAGCCUGGUCAGGGACGUGUAUGAAAUCUCCCUGCAGAUGGGGCGGGUGGCAUGCGACAGAGCCAGGAGGGAGGAAUCGUCCUCCUGGGACCUCCCUGCAUACAGCGUGGCGGAUGAGGAGACAGAGUGGUUGCAGUCCUUCCUCCUCCUAUUCCGGUCCCUGAAGCACCACGCGCCCCUGCUCCUCGACACGGUGAAGAACUUCUGUGAUAUCCUGAUCCCCCUGGACCAGCUGGGGAUCUAUAAGCCCAACACAGGCAUCAUCGGGCUCGGGGGGCUCAUGUCCUCGGUGGCCGGCAUCAUCACUGUGGCGUAUCCUCAGAUGAAGCUCAGGACCCGCUAGGGUGCCUUCAGGCGAGGACUAGACCCUGCCCUCACAGGUGACCCCUUAGUGGUGUGGACUAAGGCCAGGCUGAGCCACACUUAGCUUCCCAUUCCCCUGAGCGUCGAGCAGCCCGUGAUGCGGGCAGAGUGGAGCCGAGGCUGCAGAAGGGGAGCAUGAAGAUUUAAACUCACAUGUGGUUGUCGGAGAGCUGGAGUCACCUCUGGAUUUCUGAAUACCUUCCGUCAUCUAACACUCAGUGAGUGUCUCUUACGUGCACAGUGGGAGCUUAGCGUCUGUCCCCUGACUCACGAUCAGGAGGAAAACCAAGUGCAAACGGCCCGGUCACAGGGUGACAGAGCACUUGGCUGUGGGCAC